AGAGACACGUGCGUGUAGACGCCGAAUUAUUGAAAAUAAUUCAAAAUGAGUGAAGGAACAGCGACUAUUCGCACUCGCAAGUUCAUGACCAACAGAUUGUUGGCGCGCAAGCAGAUGGUUUGCGAUGUUUUACAUCCAGGAAAACCAACCGUCAGCAAGACCGAGAUCCGUGAGAAGCUCGCCAAAAUGUACAAGGUUACUCCCGAUGUAGUGUUCGUAUUCGGUUUCAAGACAAACUUCGGAGGUGGCAAGUCAACUGGAUUCGCUUUGAUCUACGACACACUCGAUCUGGCCAAGAAGUUCGAGCCCAAGCACAGGUUAGCCCGCCACGGCCUGUACGAGAAGAAGAGGCCCACGCGCAAACAGCGUAAAGAACGUAAGAACAGAAUGAAGAAGGUCCGCGGUACCAAGAAAUCUAAAGUAGGUGCGGCCUCCAAGAAGUGAUGUGAAUGCUAGGUAUAAGUGAAUAAAACACAAAAAAAUCAAA